AUGAGGUUCUCCCUCUCCAAAUUCCUCGUCGUCGCUCUGGCGUCGACCGAGGCCGUUGUUGCCAGUACAUGGUUUAGCAAAGCUGCUUACAACAAGUGGCAUGAGACCGAACUCGAGCGCUGGCUCUCCGAUCACGAUGUCCCCUAUCCCACUCCUGCGGACCGAAAAGACCUCGAGAACCUCGUGAAAGAGAAUUGGCAGGCCAAGGUGAUCGACCCUGUCGCUGCGACUGGGGACAAGACUACCGAUAGCUAUCACAGUGUCAAAGACUGGAUCUUCGACAGCUGGACCGAGUCGUCUCUGAAAAGCUUCCUUGAUCACCACAACAUCCCUGCUCCCCAACCACGUACCAGGGAUACUCUCUUGAGCACGGCCCGCCAGCACUACGAUUCCGUCGCGAAACAGCUGGGCGAGUACGCUUCCUACCCGGGUGACUGGCUCUACUCAACUUGGUCCGAGUCCGAUCUCAAGGAGUUCCUCGACGAGCGUGGUAUCCCCGUUCCACAGCCUACCACUCGUGACAAGCUCAUCGCUCAUGUUCGUCGCAAUGCACGAUUGGCCUCUCUCAACAUGUCGUCGGCCGCAUCUGCCGCGAGUGCUUCGUACUCUAGUGCCAGCUCUGUAGCAAGCAAAUCCGCUUCCAGUGCACAGGCCAGCCUUAGUGAUGCUCUAUUUGAUGCUUGGUCUGAAAGCCAGCUAAAGGAGUUCCUCGACAGCCAUGGAGUUCCUGUCCCACAGGGGAGUAGGAAGAAUGAACUUAUUGCAUUGGCUCGCAGACAACGCUCCAAGCUCGAGGCAAGCGGCUCUUCGCUUUCCAGCUCGGCCGCUUCCGGCUUUGGCGCUGCGACUUCGUCUGCCGGCAACGAGUAUGCAAAGGCAACCGAUGAUGCCUCUCUCAUGGCUGAAGACGCAUUCAACACCGCGGUAGAUACAUGGUCAGAUUCUCGCCUCAAGGCUUAUCUCGACUCCCGUGGGGUUCCCGUUCCUCAGGGCAGCAAGCGGGACGAGCUCUUGAAGCAAGUUCGAUUGAACAAGCACAAAGCUGCUACCGGUUGGUCGGCUUGGACAUUCGAUACUUGGACCCUUGAGAAUCUCCAGAAGUACCUUGAAGCCCACGGCAAGAAGUACAAGAAGAGUGCCAAGGCAACCCGUGAGGAUCUGAUCAAACAGGCUCAGGACUCCUACGCGUCUGCUUCCAAGAGCGGUGGGACAAGCUACGCAUCGGUCACCAAUUACCUUGCCAAGCAGACCGACGCCGCUAAGGACACUGCCUUUGAUACCUGGUCUGACAGCGAGUUGAAAUCGUACCUGGACAGCUACGGUGUUCCCAACUACCAGGGGUCAACCACCAAUGAGCUCCGCGCCGAGGCCAAGAAACAAUACAACUAUUUCAAGUACGGGACAUCGACCCCCUCAGGAACCAUCUUGGAACGAAUUAAGAGUGGCUUGCAAUGGGUUCUUGGACAGGCUCAGGGAGCUGGUGCCACUGCAUCUGCAUCUGCAUCCAAAUCCGCAAGCUCAGCAGCUAGCGUUGCAUCCAAGAGUGCCACGAGCGCUAAAAGUGAAUUGUAG